AUGUCAAAUGGUAAGCGGCCUCAUGACGGUUCUGCUGAGCAUAAUGUGAAAGAGGACGCUUGGGCACUAGAUGACGUUAUUUUUAUUCAUGAAGAAACUUCCCCUGAUGUUGCAGUUGUAAAAAUUGUGAGGGUUGAUGGGGCCCUUUGUGAAAUCGAAUAUAAACCUAUAAAAACCGAAAAAGCUGGUGGUGGAGAGGCUUCUAGUUCACACGUUUUAAAUGAUUCUGCAAAUGAUACAAAAAGGAUACGCUUGUUACGGAAAGAUGAUUUGGUCAUUGUUUCUUCCACAAAUCGGGUUCCGCAGUCUCCAGAAAAUUUCCAGUAUGCCCUGCAAAAAGACUAUUUGGCAGUAAUUCGAGAUGGGAAUGGUUCGAUAGCUCCGUUGGUUCGCGAUGCUGUUGGUGGCUAUCAGGAACCAACUUAUCUUCAUCUUCCACCGAUCUACAGAUUUGCCAUUGGAUUCCGACCGAUUGAGGGCGAUACCUGGAAUACAUAUUAUGUUGAUAAAGAGAAGGUUGUCGCAAAAACUGAUGCAACUUCAAAUAACGUACCUACGAGAAUGACCCUAGUAGCUGCGCUCAUUGCUCCGUCGCCUAAUAAGGCUACUCCAUCAGUUCCAUCUCUUAUGCAAACAAUUUUAUAUUGUGAUUUGAAAAGUACAGAGAUGAUCUUGGAUGCUCUAGGGAAAGAAUCAUGUAAAGAUUUAGUAAGAAAUGAGAUAAUUUCUGCUAGAAGCGAUGGCAAUCGAACGAUCCUUCAUGUUGCCGUAAUGAACGCAUUUGCAACGGCUACUAAAGAUGAUUCUGACACCGCCGAUAUAGUUGUUGAAGAGGAUAGAAAAAUAUUGACGGAACAACAUGUUUUUUGUUCACUGUCAUUACUUGGAGAUGUUGAAAUGAAAGCAGCUGACGAAACUCGCGCGUCAUACGACCAAAGAUGGCAGUAUAUGUUAAGGCGCCGCAGUGGUCAGGUUCCGAGCGAGCCUGUUAUUGUGAAAGAUAUAAUAUAUUCCAAUCGCCGUUCAACAUCUGAGCUCAAGAAUGAUGAAAAUGUUCCGAUUUUGCCGACUGCUUGUUCGGAUCCCCGACAACGUCAGUUGAAUUCAAUCGAAAUAGUUAAGCUUUUAUGCAGGCAUCCGACUGUUACACCAUAUCUGUUUGAACUUCUUAGUACCCGUGACAUUAGCGGUCAUACACCGUUUAUGUGUGCUGUCAAUGUGAGAGCAUAUACUGCUGCGCUUUUCAUUUGGUUUGCGAUUAAAGAGUUGCAGAGUGAAGCUGCUAAUGCAAAAAAAACAGCUGAUCAUAUAUUGUCCUCAGCGGUGUUUCCAAAUGCCAGCAGAGCUGAUGAUUCUCCUCUUUUUGUCCUUUGUGUUAAUGACACAUGUAGUUAUACUUGGACGGGCGAAGCCCAUAUUAAUCAGGAUAUUUUUGAAUGUAAAACGUGCGGGUUGGUGGGUACAUUAUGUUGUUGUACGGAAUGUGCCUAUACUUGUCAUAGAAACCAUGAUUGCAAGUUGAAAAGGACGUCUCCCACUGCAUACUGUGAUUGUUGGGAAAAAUGCCAGUGCAAGGGUCUAAUGUCUGGGAAUCUCGUACAUAGAGAAAGAUUGCUGGAGCUUUUGAUGCAUGAUACUGACUUGAUCAAUCAGAUUAGUUCGAAGGGUGAACAUUUGAUGCUUUUCCUCGCGAAAACAGUCGGGAGGCAAAUGGUCGAGCAGGAGCAGUGUAGAAGAUCAAAAACAAAAUCACAAGAUAAUUCUCAUUCAAAUGACCUUGAGCCGCCAAAGUUUGCCCGCACAGCAUUUAUGAAAUUUUUGUCGAGUUGGGAGUGUGUAAAAAGCCUUGCGGUGUUUGGAGUCAAAGAACAAGAGAGGGACGAACCUAUAGUGGAAGAGACCUUGUACUUGAAACAUCAAAGCGGAAGUUCUCAUCUUGAUAAAUUCACUUACACUUUACUGGCCAAAUGUUCUGAGACCCACAUUGACACUUUGCUAAAUACGUUAGUUUCCGCGGCAAAUAAAAAAGGGGCUUCCGAAGAUAAGAGCGAUUCUGAAGUGGAUUUUAUCAUUUCCAGAUUCAUACGAUCAGUAAUUAGGUUGUUCAUACUAGUUACGUUAUUUUCGCCUACCGCAGCUAGCGUGGCUGCGUCCCCUACCCUUCCAGAGCCAGCUCCUAUCACGCAUGCACCUUCUUCACGGCGUUCCUUCGACUCGCACUCUUUGAGUUUAUCUAGCUUAAUGUCCAUUGCUCGGAAUGCUCGUGACACUGUCAAAGAAACUAAAAAGAAGAGAUUAAAGAUUGAACGGUUGGUUGAGAGAUACCUUGCUGGGGAAACAGAUUUAUCUCAGUUGAGUAGUAAAAUGGAAGAAGACACACUUGCAAAACCAUCUGCACGACGACGCCGGGUAACUAGUCGACGGGAUACAGAUCGUACCGUUGAUGAGGGUCCUAACACAAACCCCGCUUCGAACACUUUUGCCUCUUCUGCUAAUGUGGGCGAUAGCGACAACUCUAGUGAUUCGGACAGCGAUGACCUUCAAUCGUCGCGCCAUUUGCGCAGUCAAAGUUCUAUAGGAGAUGCUAUGGAUCAGUCUGAUGAAGAAAAGUCCAAAAGUAAAAAUACUAUGGAUUUGGAAGAUGUUUAUAGCAGUUAUACUAGCGAAGAUGAGGAUGAAGAGGAUUCAGUUGACUCCGGCAGUAGUCAUGGGGAAAAUGACGAGGAACAAAGUCAAGAGAAUGAUCCAACAGAUGAAGAUGAUGCUAGAGAAGAAGAAAUGGUUGUUGAGUUUGAAAAUGAAAGCUCUCAUCAAAAUCGUGAAGAAGACGAAGGCGAUCGUUCUUACGGCAAUGAAGAAGACGAAGUUUAUGAAGAUGGGGAGGCAGAUCGCAAUGGAGAGCAGGAGAUGAGGGAUGAAGAUGAAAGAGGUAAUGAUGCAACAAAUGAACAGGGCGGAACAAGUCGGAGUGCUGCUAACAUCCAUUCUGCGUUGCUUGCUUUCGAACGUGAAGUUGGACAAGUAGAACACUCCGAGAGCCCUGAUAGCAGAGAUGUUGAUUUACGCACUUCGCUUCCACUGCUGCACGCUCGUCUCAAUACCGUAAAUGCCGAUGGAGAAAACACUAGUUUUAAUCGAACUUUUACGGAAACAACAGCUACUAUUUCCCGUCCCAGUACAGGUAGUGCGACAGCGAGUCGAGAUUCUAGAGAGAAUGUUGGUGCCGGAAGUGAAACGUCAGAGGCUCGGACGGAGCGACCUGGCCCAAAUGAGCCAACAGAAUCGCAAAGAAACGAUCAUUCGGAACGGCGUUUAGUGAACUCCCCAUCAACGCAAACUCAAUGGCCUCGACCUGCUCAAAGGCGAAAUGCUACUGCUGCUCCAGUUAGUUGGUCAACUCGUGUUACAACUACGUCACACGGUAGAAGUGGCGAUCGUGAUGCGUCUAAUGACAACACCGAGCUUGAACCAAGCAGUCGUGGGCGCCCGUCAUCGAGACAGCUAAGGGAUGCGGUAUCUGGCGAAGAGGAUGGGCGCGCUUCAGUGAACAAAACGAACCAACAACUAGCCAUGUCCUUUUUCAUUUUAAUAAGGCUUGUUGUGAAUCUCCUCCCAAUGCUUCUGGAUCACAGAGAACUUUCGAAAGCAUCGUUUACUCAGCUAACGAAAAUGCUGGAGCUGAAUGAUCUAGAAAAAAUGGCUGAAAAGCGUCUGAAAGAAAUUUGGCGUUGGAUGGGAAUCGUUCUAGAUCGUACGGAAGCACAGCUGAAUUUUGGAAAUGCUUUAAUGUCAUCGCCAGCUGGAACUGUUAUUGCGAAAAAUGAAAGGAAAUCUGGUAAAAAAACAGAUGAUGAUAAAUCAAGGAAGAAAGAAGCGAAUUCUGUUUCGUCCAGAGGCUACGACAAUAUUGCUAUUUCUAAUUACCGGAACGAAGUUGCUGCUUCUUCAGGGAAUAAUAAAGAUGUUUCUGAAAAAAAAGGAGAUGAUUCCACGGCUACAUCUUCAUCACGUAAUGAAUUAAUUGGCUACAUGCUGUCAAUUCUGCGGUCGCACACUGGAGAAAAUGGCGAUGAUUUGCCCAUAAUCGAAUUUAAUGCUCUUAAAGCUUUGGCAUUUGUUGCGGAUGCUUUUUUGAUGUUUAUUGAUAUGCUAGAAAAGUUCGAUGCUAAAAUGGUAGAGGGGAAGCCUGGUAUCGAAAAGAAUACCGCAGAUGCUGCCGACAUUGACAUGUUUCAAAAAAUGGUUGGUUUACGCUCGAAUUCUCUUUUGUAUCCGGGAAUAACUAUGGCUCCAAGUCACCACCCAUUCGAACAUAGGUGUUGCGAUUCUUUAGCCUUGGCUGAAAGACCUCAUAUUCUGAACCCGGAAGUAGAGAAAGAGCAAUUGUUUGGUCUACCAGUGCAACAAAAAACAACAAAAGAGCAUAAUAGAAGCGCUAAGGAUCACGGUGUGAAGUUUUUGGCACAUCAGAGUUUAGCAGCUCCCUGGUCUAGUUUCAAAGAGUUAUUGCAACCAUCAACUAGCAAGUCUGAGAAGCAAGAAGCUAUGGAUGUUUCAUCGGGGGCUGUUAGGCCCAACGCUUAUCACGAACUACUUUUGUCUGGUUGUGGAGGUGAAGCAAGUUGUUCGGUUUUACUUUCUGAAAUGGCGGGUUUCCCUAUUCGAGAAUCUCAGUUCCGUAGGAAGAUGGAAAAGUUUAAAGCAGCACAAACCAAAGAUUUAGUCUUUGAGGUCGAGAGAGGUAAACUCGAAAUAAUUGCGCAGACUAUUCGGCAGUUGAACAUCCAUUAUUCGCGGCGAACAGUCUCAAGUUCAACUUCUUCUUCGCAAGAGAACAGCGGCGAGAAUGCUGCAUCGUUAUUUCGUGAUGUUUCAAACACCUCGAGAAACGUCCGACUUACUGGUAUUAGCUCCGUUUGGAGAAAUGCUACACAGGAAGAAAAUGGUGCUGUUGGCAGCAAUCCACCCCUUGCUUGUCACAAGGUCAAAGUCACCUUUAAAGAUGAACCCGGUGAGGGUACAGGAGUCGCUCGUAGCUUUUUUACUGCCGUUGCAGAUGCAUUUUUAAAUAUGCAAGCUCUCCCUGGUGAACAACAAGUUUUAUCAGCAUUCGGUUCUUCAACAGCGUCGACGAAUCCAACGGAGACAAGUGCAAGGACUUCGGGAAGGACUACUGCACGAGACCGAGGGCAUGGAUUUGGAAUAGUUUUUGCCUGUCGUUAUGAAACUUUUGCUUCCUAUGAAAAAAUGUUUACGAUUCCUUUACUACUUAGACGUUACACGCUGUCUGUCAAUUCCGUGCCAUAUUAUUCGCAACAAAAUCCACAGCUUAAUGAGGCAUCUGAUCCUUCUCGCAGUGACGGCGACCAGAUGAAUAGCGAGUUUCGUCCACCGUUAUGGGUCCCGGAAAGAACAAUUCUCGGAGAGCGCCUCCUCCUAAAAGUAAAUGAAAUAAUUCCGCGUUGGAGGAAUAAGAUAGCUGGUAUGUUGCUGGAGCUACAUCCUCAGCAGCUAGUAACUAUUCUUGCAAAUGAUGAUAUGCUUAGAAACUUGGUGGAGGAAGCCAAUGAAUUACUGCUUGCUUCUGGAUAUGGGCACUCUGAAUCAGGCUUAGGAAUGAAUUUUGGGCGGACUGAUACUGGCGAAGAAGUACCUUCUAUUGGUCGCACUGUAAGCACCCCUAACCUGCAAGGUGCAAUGAUUGGAAUUUGUUUGCUACAAAUGGAAAUCUUCCCCUUCCCUGUUUGUCGGCACGUAUUAAAAUUUAUUCUUGGGCGUCCUAUCAAUUGGUAUGAUUUGGCUUUUUACGACCCAGCAUUGUUUGAGUCCUUACGAUCCUUAGUGUACAAUGAGGGCCCUGUUCGUGCUGACCAAAUAAAGGAACUGUUUUUGACCUUUGAAGUGAAUCUUCCUUCGGAAGAGGGAGGUGGAGUAAUUGAAUUAAAGCCGGGUGGUUCGAGAACAGCGGUUACUCAGGAAAACAUUGUGGAGUACAUCUACCGGUUUGUUGAGGCGCGGAUGUUGGGUACACAUCUGAAGUGUCUUGAGGCUAUAAAACAAGGUGUUUUUGACGUCAUUCCUGUGGGAUCUUUGGCAAAUUUGACUGCAGAAGACCUCAGGCUGCUACUUUGUGGGACUCAAGAAAUUUCUAUGACGCUGAUGCAAAGUUACACAUCAUUUUUGGAUGAAAGUUCAGCUGCCCCAGCGCUACUGCAAAAGUUUAAAACGUGGUUUUGGUCGAUAUGUGGCAAAUUAAAUUCUCAGGAAAAACAGGAUCUUAUGUUCUUUUGGACGGGUUCCCCUUCUUUACCCGCUAGUGAAGAAGGUUUUCAGCCAAUGCCUACUGUUCUUGUGCGGCCUGCUGAUGACCAGCAUUUACCUACUGCUAAUACCUGUAUAUCAAGGUUAUACGUCCCACUGUACUCCAGUAAGAAGAUUUUGAAGUCAAAACUAUUGACGGCCAUCAAAGAGGCGCAAAAUUUCGGGUUUGUAUGA